AUGUCAACAAUUAUAAAUAGAAAAAUAAUCGAUGAUCAAGAUAUUAAGGUUAUAAAUACUAUACAAUAUUAUGUUGGACAUGCAGAAAUCAAUGGAGAUAAACUAUUGGCAGCGUCAACUUGGAGAGUUGAACCCUUCUUUAAUGGUAGUUCACAACCGUCGUCCACUAUUCUCAGUGUGAUAUCAUCGACCGAAACAAAGGUCGUGGUGUCGUUGAACAACAGUAUAGCAGUGCCUGGUCUAAUCAAAGGUUGUGUGCAAUCGACAUGUGCCACCAACUUUUGGAAUCCUGUGGUGAUAGCCAACGUAUCGAGUGUACCAACCGAAGGUGGUACACUGACGGUGCGAGGAAACUACCUACAACAAACAAGUACAUUGGCACCGAAUGUGCUACUCUUUCAAAAUCAUCAGAUUAAGCAGUCCGGUACCAAUAGAGAUGCCACCGAAAUCUACUUUCCAUUUCCAACGAAUAUAUCACAACUUGAUGCCGGUAGAAACGUUAGUGUCGUUGUAAAUAUUAGAAAUACUGGUAAUAAUGCUAUGUUUUCUUAUCAGAAACCUAGUAUCGAUAAUAUAGCAAUAGUUAAUAAUACAAUGUUGAUAAAUGGUGAUAGUUUUGGAGCUGACAAAGAUCUAAUUAACAUAACCAUUGAAAAUACUGUAACGGCUCAUCCUACAUCGUUAAUCAAUCAUUUUAAUAUCUCUGUAGAUCUGGAAUCAAACAAUAAUAUAUCAAAACUUUUUAGUAAUCCUGGUGUCUAUCAAUUCGAGAUUGAUGUUAAAAAUAAUCCUUCAACUGUAUAUAAAUAUACAUUAUUACCAUUAUUAGAAUCAACAUCUAGAGUUGAUAGUAAUGGUGGUAAAAUAACAAUAAUAGGUAAACAUCUUGGUCUGGGGAAUAUUAGUUCAAAUCAAUCUACGAUCAUUACAAUUGGAAACAAUAUAUCAUGUUUAAACAUUAGCUAUCCAACAACAGAUGGAAUAUCAAUCAUUUGUAGUGUACCUCCCAAUGGUAAUAAAUCAUUAGUCGAUCAACUCUUACCUGUGAUCAUCAAAACCAAUGGAUAUACAUCUAUCCCAUCACUGAUAUUCAAAUACUCAAAAGAGAUAACAAUAGAUUCAUCUGAAAAACAAACCAAUAUAACUAAAGAUGUAUAUGUAUCAAAUAAUACAAUUAUAAACACAAAUCAUUCGUCGGUAGUUACAAAUGUUACUACUACCAUACCAAUAGUAACAACGAAUACAGGUGAAUCAGAUGUAAAGUCAUCGAGUGGCAGUCAAUCUAGUGGAAAGAGUAGUAGACAGAUGCUAUGGAUUAUUGCACCUGCUUUGGUUGGACUAUUGGCAAUUGUCGGUGUCAUAUUGUUCUUUAUUUACUAUAAACGAAAAUUGAAUCGUAAACAACAGAAAUCAAUAGAUGAACUCCCUCCAGGUUGGGAUUCAAAAGAGGAUUUGGAGAUUGGUGGAAUUGUUUUAUGCUACGACGAGAAGAUCGAUGGAAGACGACUCAAAGCUGGUAAAUUUGAAACGAUGGUUAGACAUCUAUCAUUCUCAAAGCUUGCCAACCGUGAUGUUAUCAAGUGCUUCCUACUGUCCUUUAGAAGCUACGCUUCAAGAAUGGAACUUCUAGACCUACUUAUCGAUUGCUAUCAAUGCAAAAAGAGAAAACAAACAAUUCAGCCACUCCCUUCAAACGAAGAGGUUCACAUGAGAAUAGGCUACAUAGCUCAGCAAUGGCUAGAGGAACAUCAAUAUGAUUUCACAGACAGCCAGGAACUCUCUGAGAAGAUGACGCGUUUCAUACAACGUAAAUUGAAGCGAGAUUGUCCAGAGAUUUUCCAUCGUAUUUUGGUUCUACUUUCACCUGCUCCCUCUGUAAUUGGAACGAUGGUACAGCUUCCACACCUGAUGGAGGUGGAAUCUUCAAAACCUGUGGUUACCGUUGAGAAUCCCGAUAUACUCAAUCUGGAUGCAGCGGAAAUAGCGAGACAACUAACAUUGCUUGAAGCAAGCAACCAUCUCUCUGUGGAGGACAAAGAGUUCUUCCAUUUAGCGCCAUCACACGAGCGUAUUCUCUAUAGAAUACCAAAGCUUCUUACGUUGACCUCUCAGUAUAAUGCAAUCUCUAAUUGGGUCACAAGCGAAGUCAUGACCAAACGUCAACUCGAUAGUCGCAUCAAAGUUGUAGAAAAGUUUAUUCAGGUCGCCAAGCAUCUUAAAGAGAUUCACAACUUUAAUGGUUGUUUUGAGAUUCUCGAUGGACUGAAAUAUCAUUCCGUUCAGUUUUUAGCAAAGACAUGGGCAAAUGUCGACUCUAAUCUCAUCAAUGACUAUCAAGAACUUUGUCAGCUAUUCACAGAGGAGAAUGACUAUCUUCCUUAUAGAGAGCAUUUAAAGAAUUUCAUUGGUCAUCAAUGUAUACCAUUUGGUCUUUCGACUCAAUCGAACACUGGGCCCAUCAAUGGAAAAGCAAUCGACACUUUAGUUAAGAGAUCGACCGCCCUCAACUUGAAAGUUAUCAAAAGAGUAUACUGGUUUAGAAACACAACAUCAAAUCUCUUUCAUCUCAACGACUUCCUAGGAUUCGGAUUAACAUCACUUGUAGAUGCAAACGAAUACCUAACACUACACUUCUUCUAUCGUACUAUCAACCAAAACAAUGUCCUCUUUAACAACUCGUCAUUCAGCCUAAUACAUAAACUUCAAAACAUCAAACAGAAUCCACAAAAUAUACACUACGAUUGUUUCGUAGUUGUCAUGGGCACCACACAAAUCAUCAACAGUAACAAUAACAAAAACAGUAACAUUAACAAUAACAAUAACAAUAACUUCACUUAUAGCAAUAACAAUAUUAAUUAUAAUAAUAAUAAUAAUAACAAUAAUAACAAUAAUUACUAUAACAAUAGUUUUUUUAAUUUAAAUAAUCCAUUUAUUAGUUAUUUGGAGAGUCAAGAUAUGGAGAUCGAAUAUCUUUCUCAGCAGAUAUUGCUACUAAACCAACAAACACUACAAAUGCGACCAACGAACCAACAACAACAAUAUCAACAUCAACAGCAGCAACAACUCAGAUUACAUGUCAUUGACACCUCAAUCAAACUUUACAACACUCAAGUUUACUCAAAUUCAUCAACAUCUGUUCGAAGUACAACAUUAAGAUCAACUCUAACCACCCAAUCAUUAAUCCAAAAUCUCGAAUCAACAACAUAG